UAUCGUUAUCGAGUAGAAUUAGUUUUUAAACAAUUUACCAUUAUUUUGGAAUAAGUAGCAUUUAAUCACAUAAAACCCAUUAAAAAAUUCCCAUGGACGAUCUAAACCCCCUGGCAGGCACAGCUCACCUCCUAGAAGAGGUCGAUAAGAAACUUAUGGUGCUCCUACGAGACGGUCGGACUCUAAUAGGGUACUUGCGCUCCGUGGAUCAGUUUGCCAACCUGGUGCUGCAGCGCACCAUCGAAAGGAUACAUGUUGGAAACGAGUACGGCGACAUUCCAAGGGGAGUCUUCAUCAUCCGUGGCGAAAAUGUGGUGCUGCUGGGCGAAAUUGAUCGUGAAAAAGAACAGAAGCUGCCGCUUAAGGAGAUAUCGGUCGACGAGAUCCUCGAUGCCCAGCGUCGCGAGCAGGAACAACGGCAGGAGAAACACCGUCUGGUAUCAAAGGCGCUUAAAGAGCGCGGACUAGCGGUCGAUGCCAAUAUCAUCAAUGAGGACUUUUGCUAGAAUCCAGGUCAUGCUUUUCAUAGACUAAGCUGAAAGUUUUUGUCACUUUGUAUAUUUGUACUGCAUUAAAAUCUAUGUUAAAAACUA